UUCUUUUCUUUUUCUCGUCGGCUCACUUACACUGCACCCUCAGGCAGAUAAUCUUACUUGCUAACCCCCUGGGUUUGUCCAUCGUUGCGACAUCUCUCAAUACGCGACUAGUCGUCAUCUCUUCUUCGACACUGCCAUUUCUCAUCCGACCUCCGAUCCUUCGUCCUUUUGGAAAAUGGAUUCCGCCGACGCUUCUCCCGCUGGCUCCCCCCCGCCUCAGGCGCUCGCCGUGGCCCCUACCCCGCCGACUGCGUCGUCUACUGACCUGCGGAACAUUGUCCGCCGCAAACUAACCGGGUACGUUGGUUUUGCCAACCUUCCCAACCAGUGGCACCGCAAGAGCGUCCGCAAGGGCUUCAACUUCAAUGUCAUGGUCGUCGGUGAAUCCGGCCUUGGCAAGUCGACCCUCGUCAAUACGCUCUUCAACACUUCGCUGUACCCCCCUAAGGAGCGCAAGGGCCCUAGCCUCGACAUUGUUCCGAAGACCGUCUCUAUUCAGUCUAUCAGCGCUGAUAUCGAGGAGGCUGGUGUCCGCCUGCGUCUGACCGUCGUCGACACUCCCGGCUUCGGUGAUUUUGUUAACAACGACGAGUCGUGGCGCCCUAUCGUCGACAACAUUGAACAGCGCUACGAUGCCUAUCUCGACGCCGAGAACAAGGUCAACCGGAUGAACAUUGUCGACAAUCGUAUCCACGCCUGCGUGUUUUUCAUUCAGCCUACUGGCCACUCCCUCAAGCCUCUGGACAUCGAGGUUAUGCGUCGCCUUCACACCAAGGUCAACCUGAUCCCCGUCAUUGCCAAGGCUGAUACCCUUACCGACGAGGAGAUUAGCAGCUUCAAGGCUCGGAUUUUGGCCGACAUCAAGUACCAUGGUAUUCAGAUCUUUGAGGGUCCGCGGUACGAGCUGGACGACGAAGAGACCAUUGCCGAGAACAACGAGAUCAUGUCUAAGGUCCCCUUCGCUGUUGUCGGUGCUGGUAACGAGGUCACCACGCCCGAUGGCCGCAAGGUCCGCGGUCGUGCCUACCCCUGGGGCAUCAUCGAGGUCGACAAUGAGGAACACUGCGACUUUGUCAAGCUGCGCCAGAUGCUUAUCCGCACCCACAUGGAGGAGCUCAAGGAGCACACCAACAACAUCCUGUACGAGAACUACCGUACCGACAAGCUGAUCGCCAUGGGCGUGUCUCAGGACCCCAGCGUCUUCAAGGAGGUCAACCCUGCCGUCAAGCAGGAGGAGGAGCGUGCCCUCCACGAGCAGAAGCUUGCCAAGAUGGAGGCCGAGAUGAAGAUGGUGUUCCAGCAGAAGGUGACCGAGAAGGAGAGCAAGCUCAAGCAGAGCGAAGAAGAGCUAUACGCCCGCCAUCGCGAGAUGAAGGAGCAGCUAGAACGCCAACGGAUGGACCUCGAGGAGAAGAAGCAGCGCAUCGAAAGCGGUCGGCCCAUGGAUGGCAAGGAGGGCAAGAAGCGGGGAGGCUUCUCACUCCGUUGAGGGAUUAUCGGCACCUCUUUGGCGACGGCCGAUGGCUCCUAGCCCGAUUUGCCUUUCUUUUUCUACGACCAUGUUUGAGUACCCCAUGAUGCCCAUACACUUACAGCUCAACGCGUUUCUUUGUUUUUAUUAU